AAGCUAACGCCGUACGAGAAGAAGAAGUAUGUGUGGAAGCUGCUCUACAUAUUCAUGCUCGGCUACGACGUCGAUUUCGGCCACAUGGAGGCCGUCUCCCUCAUCUCCGCCCCCAAAUACGCAGAAAAGCAGGUGGGGUACAUGGUGACGUCAUGUCUGCUGAACGAGAACAACGACUUCCUGCGCCUCGUCAUCAACUCCGUCAGGAAUGACAUCAUCGGCCGCAACGAGACCUUUCAGUGCCUCGCCCUCACCAUGGUGGGCAACAUCGGGGGGAAGGAGUUCUCAGAGUCCGUCGCCCCUGACGUGCAGAAGCUGCUGCUGUCGAGCUCAGCGCGGCCGCUGGUGAAGAAGAAGGCAGCGCUGUGCCUGCUGAGGCUCUUUCGCAAGAACCCCGACAUCAUCAGCACUGACACAUGGCCACAGCGCAUGGCGAGUCUGCUGGAGGAGCGCAGUCUGAGCGUGCUCCUCGCAACCAUGUCGCUGCUCGUGGCGCUCGUGGCAGCAAACCCGGAGGCGUACCUGUGCUGUGUGCCCAAGUGCGUCAAGGUGUUGGAGCGCCUCGCCAAAUGUGUGGACAUCCCGCAGGACUACACCUACUACGCCAUUCCAUCUCCCUGGCUGCAGGUGAAGACGAUGCGGGUGCUGCAGUACUUCCCGUCCAUCGAAGACCCCUCCAUCCGCAAGUCGCUGCUCGAGGUGCUGGCGCGCAUACUGCAGGGCACGGAGGUGGUGAAGAAUGUCAACAAGAACAACGCCGCCCACGCCAUCCUCUUUGAAGCCCUUGCGCUGGCGAUGCACAUGGAUGCGGAGAGGGAGGUGAUGCAGCACUGCGUGGGGCUGCUGGGCAAGUUCGUGGGAGUGAGGGAGCCCAACAUCCGCUACCUCGCCCUCGAGAACAUGGCGCGCAUGUUGAUGGUGGCAGACGUGCAGGAUGACAUCAGGGGCUUCCAGAGCCAGAUCGUGCACUCCCUCAAGGACCCCGAUAUCAGCAUUCGGCGGCGCGCGCUGGACCUGCUGUACGGGCUGUGCGACACCGACAAUGCCAAGUUCAUCGUCGAGCAGCUACUGCAGUACCUGACGGUGGCGGACUUUGUGAUGCGCGAGGAGCUGACCCUCAAGACCGCCAUACUGGCAGAGAAAUUCGCAGUCGACCUGCCCUGGUACGUGGACGUGAUUCUGUGUCUCAUGGAGCGAGCAGGCGACUUCGUGAGCGAGGACGUGUGGUACAGAGUGGUGCAGAUCGUUACCAACAACGACGAUUUGCAGCCCUAUGCGGUCUCGCGAGUGCUCAAGCUCAUGCGCAAGCCGGCGGUGCAUGAGACCAUGGUGAAGGUGGGCAGCUACAUAUUGGGCGAGUUCAGCCAUCUGUUGCCACAACAGCCAGGCUCCACAGCAGCGGACGUUUUUGCCGUGCUGCACGACAAGUUCCACACCGUCUCCAUCCCCACGCGCGCGCUCAUGCUGUCGGCGUAUGUGAAGCUGGCAGUGCGCUCGCCGCCCGACGAUGCGCUGCACGGCAAGCUCAUGGCCAUCUUCACUCGCUACGAGAGCAGUGUGGACGCGGAGGUGCAGCAGCGCGCAGUGGAGUACGCGUCGCUGUGCCGCAGGGGCGGCCCCGCCAUGGCCGACAUCGUUGCUGACAUGCCCAAGUUCCCUCAGCGCGAGUCCUCGCUGCUGCGCCGCGCACCGGACAACGAGGGGGACAGUGCGGAGGUGAGCGCAGUGAAGCUGCGCGCGCACCAGGCCAACGCCCUCGCCCUCGUCCCCGUCUCCGCCCCCGCCUCUGCCUCUGCCGCCAAGCUCCCUUCCGCCACUGCUGCCCCCGCUGCUGCUGAUGGUGGUGUGGGGCCGGUGCGACGACCACAGCCAGCCUCCUCUGCUGAUGACACCCCGUCGUCGCCACCCCCGUCCACCACCCAGCCUGCACCCGCUCAGCCGCCCACCUCACUGGUGGACGAGCCAGCAGCCGCGCCCCCCCCUGCAGCAGGCAACGAGCUCGCCCUCGUGCCCGCUGACUCUGCCAACGCUGUGGGCGACCUGCUGGGGGAGCUGCUCUCACUUGAUCCCUCUGCCUCCGCCUCCAACGCCCCUGCUGCUGCUGCGGCCGCCCCUGCUCCUGGUGCUGCUGCUGCCGCUGGUGCUGGUGGUUUGGGGGGAGCCGAGGCCGGGGCCAUGGCACUGACGCUCUUUGACCAGACUGCUGCACCCACAGCUGUGGUGCAGCCACUGGGCAGUGUGGCGGAGUGGUUCAGGGCGCUGAUGGGCAAGGACAGCGGCGUGCUGUAUGAGGACCCGCACCUGCAGAUCGGGGUGAAGAGUGAGUGGAAGCCACCGCACGGCCGGCUGGUGCUCUUCCUCGGCAACAAGGAGACGGCGCCGCUCACCGCUCUCACCGCCUCCACACCGCCCACGCCCGGCCUGCGAGUCAUCCUCUCGCCGCUGCCUCAAGUCAUCCCCCCCCGCGCCCAGAUCCAGCUACCAGUGGAGGCGGCAGCAGUGCUGGUACCCAGGGAGGCGCCGCGCCUGGACAUGGCGUACACGCUGCCGUCGGGCACGCGCGUGCCGCUGCGCCUGCACCUGCCCGUGGCGCUCUGCAAGGCGCUGCUGCCGGCGUCGCUGUCCUCUGCUGACUUCUUUGCUCGCUGGAAGACCCUCUCUGCUCCGCCGCACAAACAGCAAGUCGUGCUGAGAGGAGUGAAGCCGCUACCGCUGCCUGCACUGGCACAGCUGCUGGCAUCCAUGCGCAUCAACCCACUGCCCAACCUGGACCCAAACCCCAACAACUUAGUGGCGUGCUGCACGUUGCAUACAGAGACCACCCCGCCCACCCUCCUCCUCGCGCGUCUGGAGACGGACCCAGCGGACCGCUCGCAGCUGCGCCUCACCUGCGCCUCCUCCGACCCCACCGCCUCCGCUGCGCUGAAGGAAUUUAUCAGCGACAACAUCAGUGAGCUGCCGCCGGCCUGGCUGCAGCCGCCCCCAGUGGCCGCCCAGCAGCAGCAAGGGGGAGCCGCAAUGCUCGCCCUGCCCUGGUCCGGUGCCCCUGCUGCUGCUGCUGUUUCUUCCCCUCCUGGCCCCACUGCCCUCGCCCCCUCGCCCGCUGCCCCUCACAUGGUGCUUCCGGGGGGUGCUCCUCCCCCUGCUGCUGCCGGCAUGGCACCCAUGCCGUAUGGGGGCAUGCCCAUGCAGGGGCCUGAGAUGGGCAUGGCUGGACCCAUGGGGAUGGCACGGCCAGGCAUGCCUCCUCCCAUGCAGAUGGGCGGCGGCAUGGGUAGGCCGAGUGGCAUGGGGCCGG